GGAGAGAAAGAGUGAGAGAGUAAGAAGCGUAAGAGGAGUAAGAAGAAGAAGACGCCUACGUAAUGGCCAAUCAACUGGAUGGCAAUGUCAAGGACGAUCUGAAAACGCAAUUUGUAACGCGCGAGGGCACCUAUCGUUUGCUCACCUUAUCGGAAUAUUCGCGUCCAAAUCGUGUCGGUUAUAGCAACAAUCAAAGUUCGCCUCAGGUGCGUGUCUCAUUUGUGACGCUGCCAAAUCCAAAUAAAAACAACACUAACAGCGAUCUGGCAACGCCGGCAACAACAACAACAACGACGAGUGAUAAACAAUCAAAUGGCGCAACAACAACAACACCUGCAACACCAACAACUGCUGCAGCAGCUGCAACAACAACAGCAUCUGCUACAACUUCUAACGGCGCCAGUGGCGAUAGCAAUUACAACGGUAGCAGCACAGUGGACGCCCGCUUGGGCGGCGGCAUCUCGAUGCACUCGAUGACAAACGGUGGCUGCGUCUUGGAUCAAAAUGGUUUGCCCACAAAUCAACAGAUUGUUGGCGGUGAUCGCAUCUGUUUCAAUUUUGGACGCGAUCUUUAUGUUUAUGCAUUUCGCGGCGUUAAAAAGGGCACCGAGAUGAGCAAACCCAUCGAUAAAAAGUUCUACAAGGGCACGAAUCCCAGCUGUCACGAUUUCAAUGCGAAUGCAGCCACGCCCACGGGAGCACCGCUCCUGGUUGGUUUCACAACGGGUCAAAUCCAGCUGGUUUCACCACAACAAGGUCCACGCGAGCUGCGUAAACUGUUCAACGAGGAGCGCCUGAUUGACAAGACCAAAGUGACAUGUUUGAAAUGGCUGCCGAAUUCGCCGCAUCUGUUUCUCGCCUCGCAUUCGUCGGGCCAUCUGUAUUUGUAUAACGAGGAGUUGCCGUGUGCGGCAACAGCGCCCAGCUAUCAGCCAUUUAAAGUGGGCGACGGCUAUACGAUACUCACCUGCAAGUCCAAAUCAACAAGGAAUCCGCUAUACAAAUGGGUCUUCAGCACCGACAAUUGUUGCAUCAAUGAGCUGUGCUUUUCGCCGUGCGGCACAAAUUUGGCGCUCGUCUCACAGGAUGGCUUCCUGCGUGUCUUUCACUAUGACACCAUGGAGCUGUUGGGCAUUGCACGUUCCUAUUUUGGUGGUUUCCUAUGCGUCUGCUGGUCACCCGAUGGCAAAUACAUUGUCGUUGGCGGCGAGGAUGAUCUCGUCACGGUGUGGUCCCUCCACGAACGUCGUGUCGUCGCCCGUGGUCAGGGUCAUCGUUCCUGGGUCUCCGUGGUGGCCUUUGACCCAUAUACAACAUCAUACACGAAUUGGGAUGGCGGUGAUUUCAGUGACGAUGAGAAUCAAUUGAAUGAAUAUACGGCGACCCGUGAAGAACGCUUCUCUGGCGAUUCUACGGCGAAUGGUGGCUUCGAAGGUUACGAUAAGAAUUCCACGCCGUUGUCAUUGCAUACGACACGAAUGCAUCCGCAUUCGGCAUCAUUUCGCUCGGAUGCAUCGUCGGCGGCGCUGGCGCCGGAUAAACUGGCCAUUAGUUAUCGCUUGGGUUCGGUUAGUCAGGAUACGCAAAUCUGUUUGUGGGACAUUACGGAAGAUGUGCUCCGUCAUCCGUUGACAACGUUGCGACAGCGUGUGAAUAGCACACAGCUAAACGAGAGCAACAGUGGCGGCGUUAGUGGUGGUGGUGGUGUUGGUGGUUUUAUGAAUGGCGGCAUCGAUGCCGCUGAUGGCAUCAAAGUGAUACGACCGAUUGCCAUCGGUCAGGUGGGCGGACAAUUUGCCGAUAAUUCGGGCAGUUGCAGUCCCAUCCGAGAAACAACAAAUGUUCCAAUGGCAGAGCAGCAUAGCAAUAGCAGUUCAAGUAAAUUCUCAACGGCCAACUGCACAAUAUCCUCGCAAUCAUCCAAUGCCAAUACGCCGCCAGAUGAUUCCUGUGACGGCACAGAACCGUUGCCCCUAACAACGAACCCAACAGCAGCGAUGGCAGCGGCGGCGCCACCCGCAGUGGCAUCGAAAGCGACUAGUCGCGGCAACAGCAACUCGAUCAAAUUUCCCAAUUGCAUCAGUGCCACCAAAUCGGAUAGCAUCGAUAGCAAUAGUGGUCAGCGUAUGAGCAACAAUUCAAAUUCCAAUUACUCCACAUCUGGCUAUAAUAGCAAGAAUUCCAAUAGCUCGACCAAAUCGAACACAGCCGCCGGGAGCAACAGUAGCAACCACAGCAACAGCAGCAGCAGCUUCAGCGCCUUCAACAGUCUCACCCAGCGUCUGUCCAAUUUCAGUUUCCUGAGCAACUCCGAUAAGCGUGGUUACGAGGGCACAUCGAAUCAUCGACAGCAUCGCAAGGCCAUCAGCAUGCUAAAGAAUUAUAAUCAACACAAUAAUCACAACAGCAACAGCAGCAGCAACCACAAUCAUCAUCACAACAACAAUCGGAGCAGUGGCAGCAACAACAGCAGCUCCACAAAUUUCGCCAAUUCGACGGCGUUGGGUGAGCCGCCUGGUGGUGCCAUUGGCAGCAGUGCCACAUCGCAUAGCUUUGGUUCGCUCAAAUUGAGCAAAUCGUCGCAUAACUCUUCGCUGGCAAACGCAGCGCAAUCGUCGUCAUCCAGUUGCGGCAGCUAUGAUCCCAUGAAACUAAUUGGCACACCGGCGUGUCCACGUUUCGAAGAGUGUCCGCUUCUUGAGCCGCUCAUCUGCAAGAAGAUCGCCCAUGAGCGGCUAACGGCGUUGAUAUUUCGCGAGGAUUGUUUUUUGACCGCAUGCCAGGAUGGGUUCAUCUACACAUGGGCGAGGCCGGGACACACAACGCACGUUGCACAGCACUUGUCGUCGCCGAGCCAAGCAGUAGCGCCCCCGCCGGGCGGCACGGUAAUAUAGUUCGGUAAAAUGAAUGCGGUCAACUAUCAGCGUAAUCUUGUCAAGCAGCAGCAGAUGUAGCAGCAGGAGGCGGAUGCAGAUGCAGAUGCAGAUGUGACGGCGAUGGGCGCAGUAGGUGAUUUAGGUUAGAGCUAGCGAUUGAUUUCAAAUUAUGUAUUUCCAAACAUAGGCAGAGUUUUUAAUUCUUUAAUUAUUAUUUUUAUUUUUUUUUUUGUAAACCAUGUUU